UUGUGGGAAGUCCAUAUUACAUGGCUCCUGAAGUUCUUAAACGGAAUUACGGGCAAGAAAUAGACAUAUGGAGCGCUGGAGUCAUUCUCUAUAUUCUUUAUGUGGAGUUCCACCAUUUUGGGCCGAAACUGAACAAGGAGUUGCACAAGCAAUUCUCCGUGGAAAUUUAGAUUUUAAGCGAGAACCAUGGCCAAAUGUUUCAGAAAAUGCAAAGGAUCUUGUUCGUCAGAUGCUGGAACCUGAUCCAAAAAAAAGGCUAAUAGCUAAGCAAGUUCUAGAGCAUCCCUGGAUUCAAAAUGCUAAGAAAGCUCCAAAUGUCCCUCUUGGUGAUGAUGUCGAAUCAAGGUUAAAGCAGUUCACAAGAAUGAAUAGGUUUAAAAGGAGAGCUUUGCGGGUUAUUGCUGAACAUUUAUCCACUGAAGAGGUUGAAGAUAUGAAAGGAAAAUUUAAGAUGAUGGACACUGAUAAUGAUGGCAUUAUUUCUUGUGAGGAGCUAAAAAAUGGACUAGUGAAAUUUGGUUCCCUGCUCGUGGAUUCGGAACUGCAAAUGCUUAUUGAAGCAGUGGAUGCCAAUGGAAAGGGAAAGUUAGACUACGGUGAGUUCGUUGCUAUCUCCCUUCACUCACAGAAGAUGGCUAAUGACGAGCACCUCCGAAGGGCCUUCUCAUACUUCGAUAAGGAUGGAAAUGGUUACAUCGAGUAAAGGACAGAGGAGCUUCGAGAGGCUCUAGCCGAAGAUGGAGCGACAGAUAACACCGAUGUAGCUAAUGACAUCUUACAAGAAGUUGACACUGACAAGGACGGCAGGAUUAGUUUUGACGAGUUUGUCGCAAUGAUGAAAACUGGAACGGAUUGGAGGAAAGCUUCGAGGCAUUACUCAAGAGGAAGAUUCAACAGUCUCAGUAUCAGAUUGAUGAAGGACGGCUCGUUAAAUGCUAGCAGCGGUGGCGGUGAGUGAUAAGAUGAUUAGGAUAUUUGCUUACUUAUUGCUGAUUUUUUGAUUGUUGUAAACCAACUACAUUGCCAAGACAUCCUCUUAUAACCAUGAUUUGGCUUUGCUGUGUAAUUAGUUUCAUCACCAGAGAAUUCUGUUGGCUUGCUUUGCUGUUUGAUUCUGAAAUUACUUUGUUCUA